CUCUUCAAAACCCUCUCUCCCUGUCCACAGUUUUUUACAUUUACGGGUUGAUUCCAUUGCUUUCGAUUGCCGAAGUUUAUAUCGAUCCACAAAUCACAUUGAGCUCGUUCAAAUGUGUUUGUGGUCGUUAGUCUAUCAUGAUUUGGUGCUAUUCGAUUCGAUGGAACUGGCUUAUUGACAGGGACUUGCGGUCAUUUUUCCAGCCAUGGUAGAUUACGGAGGAAACCUUAAGAACGGAUUAGCUUACAGUCGAGAUACUCGAUCUCAGUGGAACCCUCCGAUGGAGACCGGGAUUUCAAAUUUAGUCGGCAGGUUUUCUGGAUUGGAUGUCAAUGAUUCUUCCAACGAUAGUUUAUUUCAGGUCAUGAAGGCAGUUGAAGCCGCUGAGAGAACCAUCAAGCAACAGGCGGAAGAAAAUAAUUAUUUGAGGAAUCAACUUAAACAACAAACAGAGGAACUAGAAAGACGUAAAUCAGAUGAUUCUACUUCUCUAAGACCUCAUCCAGAUAGUUUAAAUGGGCAUGUCCAGGGACCCUACAAACCACAUCAAUCUGUUUCAUCUGUAGGGAACCAAGAAGAUAGGGUCAGAUGGAUGGAUAAUACUACCUCUCUUGAUCCUCUUGGUACACUGGUUAUCCACCAAAAUACAGUGCCAAAAAAUACUGAUCCUGCCAUGCAGACUCGAUCAGAAAGCCAACACAACUCUGACAGAAACAAGGUGAAUGGAAAUUCAAAGGUGCUUUCUAGUGCACAGGGAGCUGGAGAUAGUGCUGGCUUUUCCCAGUUGUCAUCACCAUCUUCAAAAUCAUAUUCUCCCACCAGGUACCAAAGGGAAGGGGAAUAUGGUCCGAAGUUCAAUUUAUCUGGACAAGGGUUGAUGCCAGUGUCUGAAGCCAAUAACUCAAGCAGCCUUUGGAAGCAGGAUCUUGUUCUUAAGGUUCGGGAGCAUGAAGAAGAAAUAUUGCAGUUGAGGAAACGUCUUGCUGAAUAUUCUUCUAAGGAAGAGCAAAUACGCAAUGAGAAAUAUGUCCUGGAAAAACGCAUUGCCUAUAUGCGUUUGGCUUUUGAUCAGCAGCAGCAAGAUCUGGUUGAUGCCGCAUCAAAAGCUCUUUCAUAUAGACAAGAUAUAAUUGAGGAAAACAUACGGCUUACAUAUGCAUUACAGGCUGCACAACAAGAAAGAUCAACAUUUGUCUCGACUUUGCUUCCUCUCCUGACAGAGUAUUCUCUGCAGCCACCAGUGCCUGAUGCCCAAUCCAUAGUUAGUAAUCUCAAGGUUCUGUUUAGACAUUUGCAGGAAAAGCUCCUUGUUACUGAGACUAAAUUAAAGGAGUCUCACUUUCAGUUAGCCCCAUGGCUUUCUGAUACAUUUCCUCCACCAUCACCACCUCAUUUCUUUGGUGCAGCACUGACUACUUCAGUAAACAAAAAUGGGCUUGAACUGGUCCCUCAGCAAGCAUACCCUCAUGGGCAGACACCAUUAUCUCCUAAUGUUCAGACAACGACAGGUUGGGAACCAUUGGGGCACCAAAUUCAUUCCACUGGUUUCAGUGCUGUUGCCACAAAAAAUUUAGAGCCGAGUAAUUUGGGAAUGUCUUCCCCUUCUGCAGGCAGGAAUUCUGCAGCCCAAGAUGUACCUUCACAGUUUGUGGUUUCUAAUAGUGAUUCUCAUGGCACACGUUUUGCUGAAGAGACCACCAACAAACAGCUCUCUUUUAAUGAUCUUGUUCAUGGCAAUGAGAUGGAUGAUCCGGAUGCAACCAGUCACCAGAAUGCAAGAGAACCUUCACCUUCUUCCAAUUGGGGGUCUGGAAACUCUCCUUAUAUGACGCCUACACAUGAUGAUCCAAAUUCCGCAUUUUCUCCUAAUUUACCCCCAGUACUUGAAGAACCUUCUUCUUCAUUUUCUGAAGCUGCAGAAGAUGAUCCUCUGCCAGCCAUAGAAGGCCUUCAAAUUUCAGGAGAGGCUUUUCCUGGCCGAGAACUUCUGGCAUGUGGCUACUCCAUCAAUGGAACAACCAGUUGCAACUUUGAGUGGGUACGCUAUUUGGAAGAUGGAUCUGUGAACUACAUUGAGGGGGCAAAGCAACCCAAUUAUUUAGUUACAGCUGAUGAUGUUGACUCUUAUCUUGCUAUUGAGGUCCAACCUCUGGAUAACAGGAAGCGCAAGGGUGAACUUGUAAAGGUCUUAGCAAAUGAUCAAAGAAAGAUCACUUGCGAUCCUGAAAUGCAAGAACAAAUAGAAAAGACCCUCUAUAGUGGACAUGCUUCAUAUGAAGUUUCCUUAUCGGCUGGAUAUCUUGAUAUCUGGGAACCAGCAAUUUUAGCCAUUAAAAAGGAAGGCUUCAGUAUCAAGUGCAACGGACCUCGUGGUGUUGUAGUCACAGAAAAGUUUCAGCCAAGCACAACCGUUACAAUUCCCUUUGCACAUGCGAUUGAAUUUUCAAUACUUAGUUCUGGUGGAGCUGAACACCUUUUGCGAACAGAUAACAGCCUGUUGAGAGAUACUAUUGUUCUUACCAUGAGAUUGUUUAUCAUGCGGGCUGGUGAAAAAAGGAAAGGAAGGAAGAAGAAAAUAUUCUUUUAACAACUAGGGAGCAUUUUUUCCCCCAGCUCAACUGGGGAAUUGCUGUAAAGAGUGUAAUUAAAUGGCUGUGUACUUUUAGUAUGGGUACAUAGUUGUAGAUUUCACAUUCAAUUAUAAUAGCAAAUGAUCUGUAAUAAUGAUAAACAAUUUUCCUAGAAUGUAUGUGAUCAGGUUGUGUUCGAGUGU